AUGCGUCUGAACAAGUCGCGUCUAAAGAAAAUUGUUGAGAAUUGGGGGGAUAGCGAAGAUGAGUUUCUUGAAAAUGAAGAUGAUGACGAUGAUCUGGAUUACAUACCAACCGUUAACCGAAUCCGUAACAAGAAAAGGAAGGAAAAUACACCGAAAAAAAAGAGUGUCAAAACAAAACGUACGAAGAAAGUCUCUUCUAAAAAUCUAAAAUGUAAAACUAAAAAGAAAAAUAAGGAAAAACCUUUCUGGUAUUCUGGCUAUGCAAAGUCAUUUCCAGUAAAUGAAAAAGAAUUCCUGGGUGAUGUCACCUUACCCGAUGACAUUAUGAGUUUGGAGACUCCAUAUGAAUUCUUCAAAUAUUUUUUCAAUGAAGAUGUCAGCAAUUUAAUAAUAACCGAAUCAAACAGAUAUUGUUCUCAAAACUGGCCAGAAAAACGGUUGCAACUUUCAAAAACAGAGCUUGAUCAAUUUAUUGGUAUAUGUUCACUAAUGUCUGUGAUUCAAAUGUCUAACACGCGUCGCUACUGGGCACCUAUCACAGGAAAUGCACUAAUAAAGGAAACAAUGCCCGUUAAUAAGUUUGAGCAGAUCAAACAACAAUUGCACUUCAAUGACAAUGAGAAUAUGGUCCCAAAAGGUGACGUAAAUCACGAUCGGAUCUAUAAAAUUCGUCCGCUCGUCAACGCACUCAUCAAAAGAUUUCAAACAGUUCCAUUGGAAAAAAAUCUUUCUGUCGAUGAACAAUUAUGUUCAACUAAAUGCAAAAGUAUCAUCAAGCAAUAUUUGCCCAAUAAACCUCAUAAAUGGGGAUUCAAGCUGCACGUCCUUGCUGGAAGUCAUUCAGGAUUCUGCUACACUUUCGAAAUUUUUACUGGUUGUGAGAAUGACGCUCGAUUCAGACUAGCUAAUGAAAUGGAUCUGGGAUCGAGUGCAAAUAUCGUUAUUCGGCUGCUGAGAAUCGUACCCGACUUUCAACAUUAUAUUGUAUGUUUCGAUAACUAUUUUUCUACCUUACCACUUAUCGGCCAGCUAUCGAAGAGAGGAAUUCAUGCUGUGGGCACAAUGAGACGAAAGCGGCUCCACAAUGCAAAAUUGCCGGAAGAUAAAGUUAUCAUGUCUCUUGGUCGUGGCUCGUCUUUUGAAAUGGUUACCGAAAUAGAUAAAACUGAAAUGGUCUGUGUUACCUGGCGAGAUACAAAGGUCGUUAAUCUGAUUUCAAAUUUUGUGGGCGCAAAUCCGUUGCAAAGUGUAGACCGCUUCGACAAAAAACUAAGCAAGAAAAUUACUGUUGAUUGUCCAAGCAUCGUAAAGCAAUACAACAGUUAUAUGGGUGGAGUGGACUAUCUCGAUAGCAUGAUUGGACGAAAUAAAAUUAAAAUGCGUUCCAAAAAAUGGUAUAUGAGAAUCUAUUACCAUCUCUUGGAUUUAACCACUACAAACGCAUGGAUACUAUAUAAAAGAGUUAAUUUUCAUCGCGGUACACACCGAAAACAUCUGUUAUCAUUGGCAGAUUUUCGUCUCAAGUUGGGCGUAACUUUAUGCAGAGUAAAUCACGUUGCUCGAAAAAUUGGACGUCCUCCAACCGAAUUGGAACGCCAAAUCUCACUAAAACGAAAACAUCAUAGCUGCUCGCCGAUCCCGCCGAAAGAAACUCGAAUGGACAAAACUGACCACUGGCCGAUGUGGUUCGAUAACCGUGUGCAAUGUAAAAAACCCAAGUGCAAAGGGCUCACGUCAGUACGAUGUUCUAAAUGUCAUUUGGCUUUGUGCUGCAACAAGCAGAGAAACUGUUUCCACGAAUUCCAUAAUUGUUAA